AUGCCUACUACAUUCACUUUCCCCCCGGCGGAUAAGUCCCGUGCCCGUGAACUAGAUCUACUUAACAAGGUCGCCGUAAUCAGCGGUGCAUCCCGCGGUAUCGGACGAGCAAUCGCCUUUAACCUCGCAUCACGCGGCUGCUCCAUCCUCGGAACCUGCACCAGCGAAAAAGGCAUCAAAGCUAUCUCGUCAACCCUGAACGACGAUAUAACACGCCAGGUCUUCCAAGGCACAUCUCGGACAAGACCCGCAAACAUGCAGAUCAAAGGCAUAAUUGCCGAUAUCUUCUCCAAUUGUGCAAGCAUAAUCGCCGAUGAAGUUAGCAAAAGCUUCGAUGGACGCGUCGACAUAUUCAUUAACUGUGCUAGCGAUCCUAUGCCCGGCAUAAUUGGUGAAAUGGACGCGGCUGAAAUUGAGCACAGUCUGCUUGGUAAUAUACAAACUCCAGUGCUGAUAGUCGAGGAAUUUUUUCGGCGAAAGUACUUUUGGCCGGAGAGUCGCAUCAUCUACAUUUCAUCUAUCCGGUCACGGCUGCCAUGGAGUGAACAGCUCAUGUAUGCAGCUGGCAAAUCCGCUGGCGAGUCGCUGUGUAGGACUUGGGCUCAGGCCUUCGGUGGGAAAGAGGAGAGAUAUGAUCUUAUGGCGGGGACCACAGCAAAUGCCGUGACAGUUGGAUUGACCGAGACGGAGGCGGUUGUUAAUUGUGGACCUGAGGCCGCGCAGAAAUUCCAGAGUGAGUUCUUUCCAACUCAGAGUAUACCGCGUUUUGGGCAACCUGAUGAUGUGGCGGAUGUGGUUGGGUUGCUUUGUAGUGCUGGUGCGCGGUGGAUUACGGGAUCCGUGAUUAUUGCUAUGGAGGUUUUGUUAAAAUUAGUUGAUGCCGCAGUAUUUCAGAGGAAUUGUUCAGGUGCUUUUUUAAAGCAAAAUGAAAUUCUGCCCCAGAGAAUAAACCCAGGAUUCCUCAAGACAGUAGAUAAUUAG